AUGGAUAGGGAAGAUAAACAAUCAGUUUAUGAAACGAAGAAUAACAAAAAUUCGAAUGAAAAAUUCGAAAAUUAUGGAUAUCAAAAGAAAAUAAGUAAUGUUGUUAAAAAUUCAUUAAUUAAAGGAGAAAAAACUGCUUAUAAAUUUCGAAACAGAGGAUUAACACGUGACAAAAGAGCAACUGUUAAUUCAGUACUAGAUAAUAGAACUCUACUUAUUUUAAAAAAAUUAAAAAAUACUUUUUUUAAUGAAAUAUAUGGAGUAGUUAGUUCUGGAAAAGAAGCAUUCGUAUUUAAUGCUCAUAAGAUUUUAAGUGAUGAAGAAAUAAAAAAUGUGAAAGAAAUUUUAUUCAGAUAUGCAAAAAAAUGGAGUACAGAUAAAAGAGAAAUAAAUGAAAACACAAAUUUUGAAAUAAAUAAUGUAACCAAUGGAUUAUCAUCAGAAAAUUCAAAUUGCAUAGAAAUAAAUGAUGUUAGUGAUUGUAAAGAAAAUAUUGAUAGCGAUGAAAAUGAAGAAUCAUUUGACGAUCUUUCAGAAACAGAAUCGUUAAAAAUAAAUGAUAUAUUGAGGAAUAAUGAAAAAAGAGAAACAAUAGAUUUUGAAAACAAUGAAAAUGAAAUAAUUGACAUAAAAAAUGAAAUUAAUGUUUUUGAUAUAGUAGAUCAAUUAGAUAAAUUAAUAUAUAAAGAUGAAAAUUAUAUUUCUAAUAUAUUGGAAAAUAAAAAAAUUGCUGUAUCAUUUGCUACAAAAAUUUAUAAUACAUCUAUUUUAGUGUUUAAAAAAAGAUCUAAAUAUAUAGAAGGAGAAUUUCGAUUUCGAAAUGCAUAUACAAAAAAUACAAACCCAAGAAAAAUGGUAAAACAAUGGUCAGAGAAAGAAUUUAGAAACUUAAGAAGAAUAUUAAUACAUGGAUUAAGAUGUCCAUAUCCUUUAGUUUUAAAAAGCAAUUUUAUAGUUAUGAGUAUGUUAGGAAAUUUAGAUGCAUCAUGUUCAAAAAUGAAAGAUUUAAAUGUUUCUAUAUUAAAAUGGAAAGAAUUAUAUAUUGAAUGUAUAUGUAUUUUAAGAUUAUUAUAUUCAACUUGUAAACUUGUUCAUGCAGAUUUUUCAGAAUAUAAUUUACUAUAUUUUUAUAAUCAUAUAUAUAUUAUAGAUGUUUCCCAAUCAAUGGAACAUGAUCAUCCUCAUUCUUUAGAAUUUUUAAAACGAGAUUGUUUAAAUAUUACAAAUUUUUUUAAAAAAAAAAUUGGAUAUGUUAAACAUUCAAAAAGUACAUGGAUAAAACAGUUAAAUUCGAUGUUAAUGAAUGCUGGAAUAAAUCAUGCUCUCACAUUAAAUGAUAAUAACGAAGAGCCAGUAGUAAAUAAUAAUGUGAUUUCUUCAAACAUUAUUACUAAUACUAAUGGAAGUUUGAAAAUAAAUUGUAACACCAAAAAUGAAGUUAAUCAUAGUGUAGAAUGUGACAAAGAACCCAUCGAUGAAAAUUUUUCGAACGAAGAUUUUUAUAAUAAUGUACAAGUUCUUCCUUUGAAAAAAUUAUUUGAAUAUAUUGUAUCUGCUAACUUACCUGAACAUAUAGCAUAUUUUAUGGAGAAUGACAAGAAGGAAAUAUAUAUAAAUCCUUUAGAAAUGUUAUACCUUGAAUUAUUUGGAACAAUAAAAAAUUCAACUCCAAUACCUAAAUUAAAUUAUGAAAAAAUAAAACAAAAUAUGAUAUAUUUUGAAAAAUUAAAAAGAGCUACAUGCUACUAUGUAACCAAAAUGGAACCACAAAAUCGAUUGCGGUUGAAAAAAAAUCCAAAUAAAGUUCAAGUAGAAGAGCAAGUUUUUUUAAGCUCAUGGACUCCAAUGUAUUUAAAUGAAAUCAAAGAUAUUAGGAGUAUUGAAAAGGAUUUAAAACUUUUAAAAAAGGGGAAAUCAAUAGUUAUGAAUUUAAAGGAAAAUUAUACUAACAAUAAUAAUAAUGAUAAUGAUAAGAAUAACCACGAUGAUCUAAGUAAUGGUAUUUGCAAAAAUCAUGUUCAAAAAAAAAAUACAAUUAUGUCAGAUAUGCAAGGGGAAAAUCUCGAAAUUUCUCAAACACAAGUUGAGGAAAAUGAAUAUCUAGAUUAUGAAGAAAACGAAAUUGAUGAAAAUUCCGAACAAGUACAAUUAUCCGAGGAAUUUUCUGAUGAAAGUAAAGCAGUUAUACUUGGUGAGGAAAAUAAUAGUUCUACCAAUGAUCAGGAAAAUGUGAAAUUUAAAGGAAUAAUUCCAGAAGGUAUUACAAGAAAAGAAUGGAGUAAAUUAGUGAAAGAACAAAAUCGAGAAAAAAGGAAACAUAAAAUUCCAAAAUACCAGAAAAAAAAAAAGAAAAAAAAAGCACAUUUAAAAAAAAAAUAA